AUGGGAUGGAACAAUCAAAUGUAUCCAAUAGCUUAUAAUGUAGCUGAGGCAGAGUGUAAGGAGAGCUGGACUUGGUUUUUGCAAAAUUUGUUACAAGAUAUUAGCCCAAUUGAAGAACAUGGAUGGACAUUUAUGACUGAUCGACAGAAGAAGUUGUUUAAAGGGAAGGAGUUGAAGGAUUGUGUUUGGAAGGCAGCAAAAGUAUACACAAGGAUUGAAUGGGAGAGGCACAUGACUAAGCUACAGGGGAUAGAUAGUAAGGCAUAUGACUGGAUGAUGAGAGUGAACCCAGUCCAAUGGUCUAGGCAUAGGUUUAGUCCAAGAACCAAAUCCAAUAGUCUUCUAAACAACAUCUCUGAAUGCUUCAACUCAAGGGUGCUAGAAGCUAGGGACAAACACAUCUUUUCCGUGAUGGAGAUGAUUAGAAGGGCUUUAAUGGUGAGGAUGCAUGACUGUAGGGACAACAUACUGAAGUACAAAGGGCCUAUUUAUGAAAAGAUACAAAGCAAAGUUGAAAAAAGGAAGCUGAAGUCCAGAGUAUGGAUACCUACAUGGUCAGGAGUUGCUAAAUUUGGAGUAAGAUAUGGAGGGGAUGGGUAUAUAGUAAACUUAGAGAAUAAAACAUGCACAUACUUUGAGUGGGACCUCACUGGAAUCCCUUGUCCCCAUGGUGUAGCUGCUAUAUUUUUUCGGAAGGAAAGGGUUGAAGAUUAUGUUCAUGCAUAUUUCAAGAAGGAAACUUUUUUGAGGACUUAUGAGACAUUGAUUAAUCCAUUGAAUGGUCCAGAUAUGUGGCCUAAAAUAGGCAAACUUCUUUUACAGACAUUCAUAGGGUUUAGGACAUCUGCAUUAGUAAAGAAAGGGGAGAGCAGCCAAACACAACCUGAUGGUGGCCAAUCUAGAAAGAGGUCAGCAGUAGAAAGUGGUGUUGAAGAAUCAACUGAUGGGCAACCAAGGAAGAGGACAAGGUCAGCAGCAACAACCAUAAGCAAGAAGCAAGCAAUGGGUAGCCAGUCUAGUAUUAACAAGUGGCUUUGA